UCCGUAAGUUUCCAAGAAUGCUACAUCCCCCUCCACUCUGACGUUUCUCACGGUCUCGGCAGUUGAACUAGUGAAUGACAACAUCCCUGAAACGAGGGUAGUGCGCGAAUUAGAACACAAAGUGGGCUCGGAAUACAACAUGUGGACAGAGGCUUACACCAUCCAUAAACUGUACGAGAUGGAUAUUCGGAAUAAAUCCUGGAUUUGCGAGGAUGCAUCUGGUGGAAACAUCCAGACAUUCACUUCCAUCCCAGCAAAUCGCACUGGGAAGGAAAGAGAGGAGGAAACAAUCAUGUCCACCAUCGCAUUAACCCCUGAGGAUAGAGGAGGCCACGUAUACAAAACAUUUGCUCUCAAGGAGGUCAUAUCAGAGAGCUUCUGUCUAGCCUCAUGCGGUGAACAGCUCUGGAGCAUAGAGGCUAAGAGCCUUAAUCCUGCACGCCCCAUGCUUGAAAAAUCCGCCUGACUUGUGAACGGAUUCUGCCUGAGAGAUCAGCCAGUCCCGAGGCAUAUUAUAAUUGUAUGUUCCAGAUACUGCACACAUCAACAUUCUGAAAUGGGGCGUGGUGGUGCCGGUGCACCAUCACAUAAAGAUAUUUUUUGUCCAAGAUGUCAAUUCUAGACUGUGACUGUUCUACAAUAUGGCCUUUGUACAUCUGGUAAGCUGCUUUUACAAUCACACGUUUGUCAAAUACUUCAUUCUGCAAGUUGGUAAAUAGAAUAUAUGUGACGACUAGUACUACGAAUAGAUGAAGAAAAGCAACAUAUGAUAUUCGGUACUGUUUUCAAC